UGGCUCCCAUCGCAGAAACUGGCUCAAAGACUUGCCAUGAAGUGCCCUGGACCUCCAGAGAGCCUGAGACUUGCUGCCUUCCUGGAAAAUGCUGUAGCCAGAGAGGCUAGGAUUUGGAAAGCGCCAGUUUUCCAGAAUCUCACCCUGAAGGGCACAGAUAUCUCUCUCUCGUGUUACAAGAAAGCGGUUCUCUGGAUUGCAGAAACAAGCACUCGGUUCCAGUUUCACCCUGAAACGUUUGCCUUGGCCACCAGCAUCUUGAACCGGUUCUUGGCAUCAGUAAAGGCCCAAUUAAAGUAUCUGCAGUGCAUAGCAAUUUCCUGCCUUGUCCUUGCAGCAAAAACCAACGAAGAAGACGAGGUAAUACCAUCGGUGAAGAUGCUCGCAGUGCAGAGUGGCUGUAAACGCUCCCCAGCUGAGAUCUUGAGAAUGGAGAGAAUUAUACUAGAUAAGCUUCACUGGGAUCUUUACACAGCAACACCAAUGGAGUUCUUAAACAUCGUAAGCACUACGUUUUGCAGGUUUUUAUUUCUUUAAAGAAACAGCUCCUUCCCAAAUAAGACUAGAAAACACAGAUGCGCACACAUACACACCCCCACACGUCCUUCCCGAGGUGCUUUGCAAACUACCUGCCCUUAGCUAUCUGCAAGUGUUUUG